GCAAUGAAGAAGUCGCUGCUAUAACACAAACGGAAGUAGCUGGUAACUAAAUGAAGUGCACCGAUGAGCUUGUUGACGUCACGUGUUCUGUUUUUUCCGCGGGUUUUGAUGGCCGACCAUCUGCCGGAAGCACCGUUAAUCUAAAGACUGUGAGCGAUGCCACCAAAGAAAAGAGCCAGAGUGAGCAAAAGAGCUGCUAAUUCAGACAAAGACGACGAUGGUGAAACGGCCUCCCCUGCAAAAGAAAAAACUGGCAGCAAAAGCAAAGCGGCCGCAAAAAAGAAGGCAAGCUCAGAACCAGCUGGUCCUCCACAGUACCGUCACUGGCUGAUGAAGUCUGAGCCCGAGAGCCGCUUUGAGAACGGGAUCGAUGUGAAGUUCGGGAUCGAGGAUCUGAAGGCUUUGCCUAACCAGACCGGCUGCUGGGAUGGCGUCCGCAAUUAUCAGGCGCGCAAUUUUAUGAGGCAGAUGAAAGACGAGCAGUUGGCUUUCUUUUACCACAGCAACUGCAAGGAACCGGGGAUAGCAGGAGUCAUGAAAAUUGUAAAGGAAGCGUAUGUGGAUCACACGCAGUUUGAUAAGAAAGACGUGCAUUUUGAUGCCACCAGUAAACCAGACAACCCCAAGUGGAGCAUGGUCGACGUCCAGUAUCAAAGAAUGAUGAAGCGUUUUGUUCCUCUGUCCGAGCUGAAGAAGUACCACCUGCAGCAUCAGGCCGAGGGAGGGCCUCUGAAGGACAUGGCGCUUUUUACGAGGGCCAGACUCUCUGUGCAACCCCUAACCCCCGAGGAGUUUGAUUUUAUCCUGAGUUUGGAGAAUGAGGAGCCGUUGUGAGGAUUUGGACCAGGUGAUGCUUUUUGACAGUGACCUCAUGAAGCACCUUACUUUACAGUAUUGUACUACUUUUUUUUCUUGCUCAUAAACAUUAAAUGUGUUUUUU